CUUCAUUGGCAUCAGCUCAUCACUUCCGUGUUUUCAAGUUCGGACCAACCAGAAACCAAACAAAAAAUAUCCAGAUUCGACGUCAUUCUCUCAUUUUUUUUUCAAUUAUUUAUUAUAUUAUUCCAAAAAGAAACAACGAAAAUUACCAUUCAAAAAGCCAAUUCUGUCUCCUCUUCUCCUUUCUUUCCAAUUUCUCCUUUUUCUCAAAGCUCUGGAUACAAAUUCCCUUAUAUUCUCGAUUUUUAAUUAUUAGAUCGAACAGAAAAAAAGGAAAGAAAUUCUCGGAUCUUUGAUUUACCAGUAAAUGGCAUCUGAACAAUUGAUGUCCGGAGGUGGGCCCCGGUACUACCAGAUGCAAUCUGAGCCGUUACCCUCGAUGAUGUCAUCAUUCUUGUCGUUCGCUCCAGGUGUCGCCCCCGAGUCUACUCGGAUUUUUGACGACUUGCCUAAAGCCACCAUCGUCUCCGUCUCCAGACCCGACGCGGGCGAUAUCAGCCCCAUGCUCUUAUCUUACACCAUCGAAUUCCGAUACAAACAAUUUAAGUGGCGGUUAUUGAAGAAAGCUUCACAGGUUUUUUACUUACAUUUUGCUUUGAAGAAACGAUUGUUUAUUGAAGAAAUUCACGAGAAGCAAGAACAGGUUAAAGAAUGGCUUCAAAAUCUAGGAAUAGGAGACAACGCGCCUGUUGUGCAAGAUGAAGAUGAACCGGAUGAUGAUGUUGUUCCUUUACAUCAUGAUGAAAGUGCUAAAAACAGGGAUGUUCCGUCAAGUGCUGCUCUUCCAGUUAUAAGACCGGCUUUAGGAAGACAGUCUUCUAUGUCGGACAGAGCAAAGGUUGCAAUGCAAGAAUAUUUGAAUCACUUUCUUGGAAAUAUGGAUAUUGUUAACUCUCGAGAGGUUUGCAAGUUUUUGGAGGUUUCAAAGUUGUCAUUUUCACCAGAGUAUGGCCCUAAGCUGAAGGAAGAGUAUGUAAUGGUGAAGCAUCUACCAAAAAUUGCCAAGAAUGAUGACUCUGAUAGAUGCUGUGCAUGUCAUUGGUUCAAUUGCUGUAAUGACAACUGGCAAAAGGUAAUGUGAUCUCAUUUCUGAAAGCUCGGUUUAUAUUCAACUUAAAAUGCUUUUGUUUCAGAACAUAUAUUGCACACACACGUGGUGCAGCAAGUACUAGUUACCUCUCUUCUCUGUCUAAAUAUUCUUGGGUAGGAGGGAAACUGGCAUGUUACUUUGCGUCUUUUGUGCCUCAGCAAGCGAUAUCACUUGGUCAGCUGUGCUUAGUGAUGUAGAAUAUAUAUAGGAAUCUCCUACUGGUGCUUGAUGGGUGAGAUAGGUUUAAUUAAAAUAAGAUUAUAGGAUUUGGGAAGAGGGUUUUGAAGAUGGAGUAAUGGUUUUCAUAUAUUGAUUCUGAUGCUUGAGAAUGUUGACAUCAUUGUAUCUUACCUUUGCUAAAAGUUGUUCAGAUUUGUUGUACUUUAAUCUUGCCAUUUGGACAAUAACUCUCUGUUUGGACCAUAAAAUUACUCCUUUGCUAUCAUUUUGGGUAUUUUCACAUUUUAGCUUAUUUGAUUGACCCGUGUU